CUUUCAAUAACCUAAUAAAGUAACAUUGAAGAUAUAUAAAAAGAAGGUUUAUUGUACAACUCAGAAGCCCCCCAAAUUGCUUAUUCUAGCAAUUCCAUCUUUAUACUAUCCAAAAAGUUCCUAAUUUUCACAAAUUAAAGUGAACCAACCCAAGAAAAUUUCGAUCAAAUUUCCCAAUUCUUUUUACCCUAAAAAUUACCCAUCAUUAUCAUCGUCAUAUUCCCACAAAUUCCCAAUUUUUUUUUCAAGAUUCCCAGGAUUUUAUGCAAAUUUUCAAUUCCAUAGUAAUUAAUGCAAAAAACCCAUUAAUUUUUUAAUGUCUUGGCUUUCAAUUCCACUCCCAAACCCCUUCAAAUCCCUCCAAUUUUCCAAUGAUGAACAAGAUGAAGAAGAAGAAGAUGAACAAGAAGAACCCAGAAACGACGCCGUUUCUGGAGUGAAGGAGGAAUUCACGGCGAUCGGAGAAUCAAUUGGGCGGCAAUUUCGCGCCUUUAUUUCGCCGGAAACCUCGAAUUCCGGCGAAGGAGGGUCCCCUUCUUCUAGAACCUUCGAGGGUAUUCGAAGUGACUUGGAAGAAAUUAAGGGAACUUUCAAAUCUUCUCUCUCUAUCUUUUCCAGUAACAAAGCUGUUUCUGAAAUUUCUAAACUUGCUUCCAAUUUUCUUCAUAUAAAUGAUGAAGAAAAUAAUGUUAAUAAUAUGAUUAGUAAUGAUAGAAAUUAUAAUGAUGGUGAUGAUUAUGAAGAUGAUGAUGAUGAAGAAGAAGUUGCUGGUGUUAAUGAUGAAGUGAUUGAGUUUGCUCAACAGAUUUCUAAUCGCCCUGAACUUUGGACUGAAUUUCCUUUAUCACUUGAUCAUGAGUUUGAUAUGUCUGAAGCUCAGUAUGAGCAUGCCUCAACUGUUGAGCAGUUGGUUCCAAGUCUUGCUGAACUCAAAAGUCAGAUUAGUAGUGACAAAAGUGAGAAGCAGUUUUGGAUGAUAUAUUUUAUUUUGUUGCAUCCAAGGUUAAAUGAUGAGGACCUAGAGCUUCUAUCGACUCCUGAGAUUGUUGAAGCAAGAGAGACACUGCUGACAAUGCUUCAAGCUAAGAAGAGCAAGGAUAUUAAUUCUGAAAAUCCCCAAUUGGGUAGUUCUGACAACGAAGGUGACACACCAAUGAACAAUAGCCAAUCUGCUGAGGAUGUAACAUCGUCAGAGAAUUCAAACGCAUCAGAAAGUGUAAAAGGCACAGAAUCAGACAAGGACAAGAAGAUUCUAGAGGCAGAGGAUGGGAGCAGUUUUACUUUUAAUGAUCGUAAUGAAUCUGAUGCUAAGCCUGAUAAGUGGGAAGAAAAGGGAAAAUCUGUUACUACAGGAACUUCUGCAGCUGCUCCAAAGCAAUUUCAAAGUGAAGAUGAUGUCUCUUUCAGUGAUCUUGAAGAUGAUGAUAAUGAUCUCCCUAAUAGAAUAUCAAGCUCAGAGCCGUCACAGUCAAAGGGAACUUCAUCACCAGAAGGGUCCAAUGAAUGGGUUCGAUUGAAUAAAAAUGUGGAAGCCAGAGGUAGCGAGGUGAAAGGCCACUCAAGUUUGCGAGAUAGAGAUUCAGAGGGUGAGGAUUCGACUGGCUGGCUUACUGUUGAUGAUUUUGAUCCUUGAUAGUUUGGCCAAUGUUCUGUGGAUCCUUGUAAAGCCUUUAAAUUGUUUUCCCCCCUCUUUUCUUUCAUCAGUGCAGUUGUGGUAUUUGAGAAAUCUUGCUCUUAAGAUGAAAAAUGCCAUAUUUCCAUGUGACCAAUGUCUGUUAUUGCUGAUGGUUCUGCAUUGUUUUAUUUGCCUAAUUGCAUAUGGAUUAGCUGGUUACUUAAUAUGUUGGAGGUCGCCCAAAGUUUUCUGUCAAUUCUGCCAGAAAGAAUUUGUUCAUUCUUAUUCUUAAUUAUUAGAGCACCUGGGAGAUAUACCCCAUGUAA